UGCAUUCACAUGUAGAGCGCCAUGGCUGCUGCUGCUGACCCGCUGCCGCCGCCCCCUGCCGCUGAAGAGGAGGAGGGGGAGGAGCAGCAGGAAGAGGGCGCUCCUUACAGUCCAGCCCUGACCGUGGAGUCGGACAUCGACUACGCCGCGGCCGAUGUUCAAGAGAUUGCGGCGCUGUCGCCGCCCCCGUCGCCUGAGCCACCCGAUGACUCCACUACCAUCGCGUUCAGCAUGCCCACGCCGGCGGUGCUGGUGCCCGUGGAGGACAGGCCCAGGAAGAAGAGCCUCGAGGAGAGUGGCGAAGAGUUGCUUGCCCCGCCCUGGAGCCGCAGCCGCAGCAUCAACAGGGCAAGCUCCAGGCAACCCACAAGCCCAGGCCCGAGCGGGCCUCGGCUUGAGAGUUAUCCUUCUUUCCUCAACUCGAGGUGCGUACGCACACAUGUCUUGUAUCAACUGUGGCUUGAGCUACAUUGCCUUUGCAGGCGAUCGGUCAACAUGAGCACUUGCUCCUCCCCAAACGUGUUUAGAACGCUCCAGAAAAGCCCGAGUAGGAGAGCGAAUCUUGAGGAGACGUAUCCGGCACUGGAUCCCAAGGUUGUUGACACCAUCAAGGAGCUGGACGAGCUCAGGAGGACAUGCGAGAAGAAAGGCCACUAUCUGGAAGCUAAUGCUGCGGUCGCAAAGCUGCAAAAGCUUAAGAUGGUCGAAGACGAGAAACGGCGGGCGACAAUGCUUGACAGGCACCUGCGGGAACGGGAGAUGGCCAAGAAGGCGUACGUGAGAGAGCUCGAAGAAAGGAACCGGCUCUGGGACGACAAGCUUAAAAACUUCCACCGUGAGGUGAUGGAACAUGCUGGCCAGCUGAAGCGCCAACACACGGCUGCAUUGCAAGCUUUGAGGACCAAACUGAAUGCCAAGACGCCCUCCAAGCCCCAGUGGUCCGGCGAGCUCCUACGGCUGCGCAAGGUCCAGGUAUCGUGGAUUUGCCUCGAACCCAAGGCACGUCCAUCUGAAGUACCAAUAUAUCCGAUGCAGGAAUGCCUGGGUAAGCAAGGCAAGUACAUCGACGCGCAGGAGCUGAAGCGGCAGGCCGACCAGAUGGAGCAGGCAGAGCUGCAGGCGACGCUGCAAUCGUUUCAGAACGAAGUAGGCGCCAAAGAGAACGCGUUGCGGUCCAAGCAGCACGUUGAGCUCGAGGUUUUGCUCCAGCGAGCAGCGCAAGCUCGGGACGAUCUCCAGCGAAACAGAGAGCAGGACCUGGAGCGAUGCCACCAGAGGCAUAAGAACGUGGUGCGGGAGCUCAAGGUGAUCCACUCGCAGGAGAUUUUCCGGUUUGAUCACUACUUGGGCAAGAAGGCUGGAGGCGACGAGAGGAGGCAAAGCGUGCGAAAGAGCGUGUCGGCCAGCAGCCACGGGCGACCGCAGCUGGGAGGCGAGGAGGAUACGUCCACACACUAUUACGCCUCGGACAUAUGAUUUGUAGACUCGA